CGUCAGGUGCAGCUGUCCCGCUCCCCUGUGACGUGUCUUCUUCGGAAGGUGCCUGGGCAUCGAGAGAAGGUGCUGAGGGUGAUGAGGCGUCACUUACAGCAGGGGCAACGAUGUUGGCCUGGAUAAACUCCUGCAAGGUUUCAACGGUUGCCAUUGUGUGUGUGCCUUUGCUACAUUCGUCUACAUUCACCAUGGGCUUCACCACUCAAAAAACGUCUAUUUUGCUCAUCAUCGUGACCGUCAUCGCCAUCUACGGGGUCUCCAGGUAUUCAUUUGAUGAGAAGUUUGCUUCCGUGCUCGUGGCAAGAUGCAUCAACAUCAGCAGCAGCAACAGUGCCAGGCCCUCACCUCCGCCCACCAGAGCACCAAGGGAUGGGGCCUUCUAUCGGGAGGCAGACAUCGCCACGUGGGACGAGGACUGGGGGAAGAAGAAAUGUGCGUUGCGUCCCAUAGCAAACCUCAAGACGUUUUUCGACUACAUCGAAACGCCGCGGGUCCGUUGUGACACGCAGAUGAUGCUGGGAGGAAAUCUGCGAAGCGAGAAGGGUUACAUUGACGGCGAUAAGUGGCUGUGUGUGGACAAGAAGUACAAAGUGACUCCCUUGAAAUGCAUUGUCCUUUCUUUCGGCAUCGGGGGAGACUGGUCAUUCGAGGACGAAGUUGAUAGGAAGCUGGGCUGCAGGGUGUUUGCCUUCGACCCCACCAUCGAAAAGGAGAAUCACAACCGCACCGCCAGAAUCAGCUUCUUCAACCUGGGCAUCGACGGCUUCACCGACACCGGUCCGCACGCCAAGAAGAAGGUGGACCGCUACGCCAACAUCCUCGCGGGGCUCGGCCUCCUCGACAGUGUCAUUGAUGUCCUCAAGAUUGAUGUGGAGGGGUCCGAAGUCGCUUUCUUUGAAGAUGUUUUUGAGAAGACUCCCAACCUGCUGAAGAACGUCAAGAUGAUAGCGAUGGAGAUCCAUAUGGACGACAAUCUCAGAGACCUUCUACCACGUCACAAAGUAUUCUGGAAAUACUUUCUACUUCUGGACUGUAUGGGCUUCAAGAUAUGGCACAGCGCCGUGAAUCCGUUUUGCACUAACAAAGUAGUGAAGGGGCAGCACCGCUCCAACUGCUACGAGAUAGUGUGGGUCCAGGACCGAGAAUGGUAACGCCCAGGCCGACAAAGAGAGACUGGUCAGCUCACCCACCUGAUGGAAGGGUGGGGCCGGAGGAGGCGGCAGGAAGGAGCGGGUAGGGGGAAGAGGCGUGAAGGUGGGAGGAGGUGAAGGCUUGGAGAUGGGAGGGGAAAGUGGAGGAGGAGGAGGUAUGUGGUUGGGUCAGAAUUGCAGAAUACGUGGUUGUGGACUUAUGAUGAGAAGGCGAAGGAAGUGCGGGAUAUGAUGAUUGAUUAUUAGGGGCGUUGUGACUUGGCGCCGCAACUGCAGGGUCAUAUGGCGCCGGAUCUAGUGCAUUUAAAGUGUUUUAAAACUAUAUUAAACCGCUAAAAAAGAUAAAAACAUGAUAGAAAAACUAUAUAAAACCACUCAAAAAUUUAAAAAACUUUAAAAAAAAACUAAUAGAACUAUAUAAAGCCGGUUAAAGGUAAAAUACACGAUAAAAACAACGAUAAGGAGUCAAUAAAACCUACAGGAGGUUGAGGACGUCAGCCUCCUUUAAGAAGCCAUACACGUCAUGUCCCGGGGUGAGUGCUUUCUUCCCCAGCACCAGAGAGAGAGAGAAGCUCCCAUCUCCAUCCCGACACCGGGGGAGGUACCGCUCUCGCAGAUCCCCCAGACUGGGGCACUCGACCAGCAAGUGCCGAACAGUCAGGGGGACCAAACAGUCGUCACAGUAGGGCUGAACUCCCCGGGACAUGAGGAAGCCAUGUGUGUAUCGAGUAUGACCCACCCUAAGGCUGCGUUUACACCAAGCGAGUCGCGUCGAGUCGAGUCACGUCAAGUCAUUUGACGCGAUUCAUAUUGACGCAACUCCGUUUACACCGACUGCGUCAACCUGAGUCAAGUCAGUAGGCCCAAUUGAUUUCAUGGAGAAUGGAUGCAUGUUUUCUUUUUUUUUAUUUAUUAAUUUAUCUUAUUUAUA